AUGCCAGGAGGGUUCGCAUACUUGGCGUCACCAUUCGUCGUCGGGCUUGUUACCCUCGGCGAAUGCAAACAAGUCGACCGUGCCUGUGGAGACGCGAGUGUGUCGCAGAACCGCCUCGAAGACUCGCUGCUGUGGCGGUCAAGCUACCCCAGGGCCGAGUACGGCAUACCACGGAGUCGAGCCAUGUUCGAUUCGCCUUUUACGACCCUGCCCUACCGCACGCCCAUCAUGCUACCUCCCCCGAUCGCUCAGGACAUUUGA